AUGGCUCGACCUGGAAUCAAGUUUGUGUCGCGCGCUGCCUUUCUGCGUGAUGGCCGCUUCUCGGCCAGUAAGCGACGCGCUGUCGUCAAAUCAAUGGAAGCUUACGGCAGCCAGCUUGGUACACUGUAUUACCUGAUGGGUCUGGAACAAUUGUUGGAAUACAAACGAGCCGGGCAUCCCGUCGAAUCCAUCAAGCGUGCAAUCGCGGUGCUUCUGCUGAUCGCCACCCAGAUCCAAGAACACUUUGCCAAUACCGUUAUGUAUAGAAUUGCAGAUGUCGGAACACCGCACGUUGAUUUUGAUCGCUUCCCCGAGACAGCAUGGUCACGGUAUUUCGGCAUGGCCAAUGCCGGUCAAUUUACGCGCUUGGCCGCGGCUCUUUCCUCUCGAAUGCGCAGCAAAUUUUCGGUUCCGCUCAAGGAGGCUCUCCUCGCGUUCCUUGCCCUGUUCCAUCGGUCAUCGCGGCUGAGCGAUGUCAUUCGUCUACUUGGAGUCUCUUGGACUGUUUCCAAAGCGUCGCAGAUUAUCAAUACAUUUGCCGUCACCGUUGCUCAAUUGUUUCAAGCGCAGUUGGCUUUUGACGCGCGCUACUUUCGGCCCGACUGGGUGGAGGCUGCCGCUUCAGCCGUUGCGGCAAAACAUUCGCCUCUAGCGGGGAUCUGCGCCUUUAUCGAUGGUACAGACCAACCCAUAGCGCGUCCAAAGGGUAACGACGUCCAGCGCGCGUUUCAUGCCGGCAAGGAUGAGGGCCGAUGCAAGACGCCCAUCUCCUGGAGCAAUCAGGCAUCCUGGAGAAACUUGAACAGUACUGGCCAGCAAGCAAGCCGUGGUGCCUGUUUGGAGAUUCUGCUUAUCCUCGCUCCACUCGCUUGCUACGGCAUAGCAUCGCGUUUCGCGGGGGUGAUGGACCCUCGUCUAAUGAUGGUGCAAAAGCGUCCGGUGUCUGCCUACAUGCUGACAGCCGUGCUAUUGAGCAACAUGAUUGUUUGCGACGACCAGACAAAUCCCGUUGCUCAGUACUUUGAGCACAAACUGCGUAUACCCACCCUAGACGAGUAUCUGACGCCUGGGCCGCUUCCCACGAGCUAA